AUGUCUACGGCCUCCAAAGUCACCCUCCUGAGUACUAUCCUUGCUACAGGCGGGAUUGUCGCCUUUGUGCAUUGGGCUCAGACCGCCGAACAAGCUGCAAUGCACGCGGGGGUGGUUCGAGAUAUGGAACAACAACGAGUCAAGCGCGAACGUCAGGCCGAUUUCGAUAUGCAGCGGCAGCUGGAGCUCGAGUAUAAAAAGAGCCAAACUGUGCAUGAUACAAGUGGACCUUGA